CAGGCACAUGACUCAAGAUUUCAAGAAUCCCUACUCGAGUACCUGAAGAAACCUGAGAACUGAUUUGUUUGGCUACGAGGGUCUCCUAGGACAGGGAAGAUCGCGAUCACUAUGAGGUAUCGCAUCUUAUGCUUGCUUGCCAACUUGCAUCCUUCAACGAGGACUUCAAAUUGUCGCUCGUCAGACACCUUCGGCAACGAGCUUUGGAGUCAGUUCAGGAUUUCCGCCUGGGAAAACAAAUUGAAGCUCUGAUGACCGAGCCGAUGUGUGACAUAUUCCCUUCAGGUAAGGAUCGCUUCGUCAUCGUUUUGGAUGGUCUCGAUGAAUGCGGGAAUCAGGAGAAUCUUGAGUCCCUGAUGGGACUGGUACUUGGCCUUCAGGAGCUCCCGCAGGCACUUGCUGUGCUAGUUAGUUGUCGUCCUGAUCCAGGAGUCAUUUCAGCUUGGCGCUUGAAAGCUCAAAAUGAGGGUCCCGUCAUACCAUGUGAAGAUGUGGACAAGAUGGAGUACGGUGAAGAUUUCCACGUUUGCUGUAUUGUGGAGGAUGGUCUUCGGGAUGUCAUCAGGAAAUCUUCAUGGAAACCAACAAAGUAGGAACUUAGUGAUUUUUCCCUGGCUUGCCUGUCAAUCCGGGUUCACGAUGUCUGCCAGCAGACAUCGGUGGCCGCACCCCUACGGUCGGCGUUUCAGGGCUUGCGUAGUGUCACUGAUACAUCUAUCGACCUCAAUCAGGAAUCCUCCAAGAUGUAUCGC